AUGAUAAUUCGAGAAAAUGCGAGGCUGUUCUUCUUGUCCGCCCUCAGCUCGAACGCAAAGUGCGAAGACGUUCUUCGGCCGUCGGACUUCGACUUCCGGCUGGCGAGAAAGAGCGACAUCAAGUCCAUCCGGCACUGCAACCUAGAGACGCUCCCCGAGAACUACUCCACGGAUUUUUACGACACACAUAUUAAGGAUUGGCCGGAGUUAGCGCUGGUGGCGGAGCAUGCUGACCGACGACGGAACGAGGACCAACAGCCACAGGUUGUCGGUUAUGUCCUCGGACGGAUAGAGGUUAACCACGCCAACGCCAACGCCAACACCAACACCAACACGGCCCUGCCCGGAUGGUCAUGUAGAACUCAGAAGAGCGGCAGGGGGGGUGCGAUGGCGAUUCCCCCGCCGACGGGGCACGUUACCUCUCUUGCAGUCUUGCCCGGCUUCCGGAGGUGCGGCGCAGCGAGUCAGCUCAUGGACAUGCUUCACGAGCGGAUGAACUACCACUACAAGGCCAACAAGGUCUCGCUGCACGUGAGAAAAUCGAACCGGGGGGCUAUCCGUCUGUACGAAGAGCUCCUCGGCUACAAGGUUGCCGGCGUUGCCUCGUCCUACUACUCGGACGGAGAGGAUGCCUUCGUGAUGGAAGCUGAGCUGCCGGAAGUCGAUUCCCAGGAAGAUCGGCAACUUCUUUGGAAGGGAGUACAAGCUCUCCAUGGACCGAACAAGAAACAUGCACGCUGCUGUGGUGUUUGGCGUUUUUAUCCAUCCCGCAGUGUCGUUUGAGCCCCGGCAGGCGUUUAUGUUAACCCAGCGUUUGUUGUUUCUAAUGUUGCGGAGUUUAGGAAUCAUUCUCAUGUGCGUGGGGCGAUAUCAUGCAAAAAAGUUGGCGAGCAGGACAUACCCUUAACAUUUCGUUGUCUGUUUCGUGGGGGGCGUUUUUUCACUACGGGUUAGGGGGGUCCAUUGCCGAGAAACGAACGCGCGAGUGUCAUGCCUGCCGAAGAACCUGUUUGUUCGUUUCGGCACGUUUGCUUUCCUGGGAAAUUCGGGGUGCGAGAAGUAGCACAGCGCACGACCCGGGCAGCGAAAGUUCUCGAAGGGUGUUAGUUAUGUACGCGUUCGUGGUCGGCCUCUCUCUGUUUGAAGGAUUGUCUAUGUAGACUGCACUACAUUUUUUCGUGUCCAUAUGUACGUUUUUUUAUGAACACAGCACCCUGGUAGUUCUUAUCGUUUCAGCAGCUUUCGCUUUGUGAUACGUAGUUUAUUGCGGGGUACUUCCACGACGAAGGCGCCACGUGUGGGAUAAUAGGUUGAUCAUUGU